GGCUUUCCUCAAAAAGCAUACUUACAGCCAGUUUUGAGCAUGCUCAGAAGUUCAAAACCCCUGACCAGCUACUCAGUUCCAAUUUAUCCAUUUCUGUAUAUUAUAUUGCAAACAAAGUCAAUUUUAUUAUUGCAAUGCCCCAGACGACUGGUGAAAGUUCAGGAAAAUUUAGCAAAAAGUUAAAAGAGAAUUCGAAGUUGCAUGAAGUCUACAAAACCAAAGAUAGAGAAAGAAAGAAAGCUGAAAGAAGGAGGCCUAAGUUUCAGAGUGCAGCUGAAAUUGCCCAACAAAGGAAGUUUAAUUGGGACGGUGUGAGGAAACAUAGAAUGAUUAAGAAAGAAAAGAGAAAGGUAGAGCAAGAAGGUCAAGACCAUGGCAUAAAUCCUUAUGGUACACCACAAGCACUGGGAAAGGCUGUUGGAAAAGUUAAGCCAUACUUACCAAAAAGCCCAAGAAAGAGGAAAGCUGUUGUAGAAAAAUUAGCUUCUUUUACAGGCUUUCAUCUUCCAAAGAAAAGAAAAAAGGAUUUUGGUGGAAACUUACACCUGAACCCAGAAGUAAAGCAGAAAGUUUACUUACUUUAUGUGCAAGACUCAAUUUUUAGGCAGUCCCCUGGAAAAAGAGACUUUGUGGUUAGCUGGAAGAAUGGCAAGAAAGAGCACCUUCGAAAGAGGCAUCUCCUUUUUUCCUUGAGAGAAGCACAUGCACUUUUCUUAAUGGAAAAUCUUGAGGUUAAAAUUGGGUUGAGUAAAUUUAACUCUGUCCACCCUCUCAAUGUUCUUCUCUCCUCUGAAAUUCCUAGAAAUGUGUGUUUGAGUCAUUAUCAUGAGAACAUUAAAUUGGUAAUACUCACUACAGUUUUGAACCUCGUGUUUGUACCCGAAAAAGAUCACAAGUCCACGGCGGUGCUUCACAUCUUAAUGAUCUUAAAGAUCAAAGAGUUUCAUCUGGUACACUGAAACCAUAUGGAUCACCAGAGUUACCGGUCUGCUGUCGUAACGGAGAGUGUAAACGCAGGCACUUGGACAAACAACGGGCUGACACCUUAAUUUGAAUCAUCAAGCGUCGAGAAAAUCACAGCUUUCGUUGUACUGGCCGACUCGUCUUGACCAACUUGAGGCCCGCUUGACAUUCCUCAACAUCUGUCAUCAGGUUUCUUUCGAACACAAAUUUAUCG